CACCCCCCGACAGUACCAGCACCCCUCCUCCACUCCCGACACACUCACACUCUCUCUUUCCCUUGCCCUGUGCCUGUCUCUCUCCAUUCUACCAAGCAGCCGGCCAGACCUCUUCUCUCUCUCUCUCUCUCUCUUCUCCUGCCCUGUCGACAUCCAUCGAGCGCUCCACGCCUUUCUCCCUCAGCCUCCGAAGCCGUGCCCGUCUGCCGUUACUGCUGCUGACCAUCUGUGUCUCUAUCUACAACUGCAACAAGUUCCCUGGGACUUUUUUGGAAACUUUUUCCUCAAGACCUUUUCCUUUUUUGCUAUCUCCCUGGAGACGGCAGUACAUGUGGUGCUGUGUGUGAGAGGGUCUAGUGUUGCUCUUUGCCCUGGGGUCUCUGUACACCAUUGACCAGAGGAGAAGACUACUUGUCAUCAUGAUCAAAGUUCAGCUGCUGCUUCUGCUGGCCCUGGUCGGCCCCUUCUGUGCCGUCGCACACGCAAGCACACUGGUGACACCAGUAGAGCUGGUGACAGACGCCCCUGCUGCUCCCGAGGCCACCGUGGCCCCCAAAGAGGAAGAUCCCGUAGUCACCGAUGCCCCGGCAGCUGAACCCGAGGCUGCGGCCGAGGAGGUCGUAACGGACACCCCUGCCACCGAAGAACCCGCCGCUACCGAGGCUGCUGCCCCCGAGGCGACGGAGGUCGCUUCUGUGGAGACCGAAGCCCCUGCCGCCGCCACUGAAGCUGCCAAGCAGGAGACGGCCGCAACAGAGGCCCCUACCAUCAUCACCGAGGCCCCGGCGGAACCCGAAGCCGAGGCCACGGCAGCUGCAGAGUCUGAGGAGGAGGAGGUGGUGGUGGAAGAGCCAGAGGAGGGUAUGGGCUCUGGACAAGUGGUGGGUAUUGUUAUUGGUGCAUUAGUGGCAGUGAUCGUUGUCAUCGCCGUGGUGAUCGCCGUGGUGAGGAGAAUGGGUAAAUACUCCCCCUGAGGAGAAAGGCUGCAAGACAGGAAGUCCCCAAAAAGUUCUGGCAAUUCUGAACUAUGUAAUUUCCUGUCAUUAAACAAGCAUGCUACUCUAACUUAACCAGGAUCUUGGACUGUUGACAAAAGGAGGGGAAGGUGUGUGGGGGAGGAUGGUUGCCCACCUCUCCUCUUCUCCCCCAACCCCAAGACAGAGCCAUUGACAUCAACGGUCCUGCCCAACCACACAGCAACCCCCCAUACCAACAACCAAACUGAAAAAAAGGUUGCCCACAGGAUGUCACAGUGAAUUUCAGGGUCUUUCAUUUGGAUUCGUAAAAAUAAGUAAGGGAUUAUCUAACUUGUGGUAGAAAACGCUCUCUCUUAUGCAGUGGUGUGUACAUUAACACAGAUGUGCAUUUGAGUUGGUGAAGAGGACCUAAAAACUAUACAAAAAACGACACAAGAAAAAAUGGGAAUAUGGAAAAAAAGGAGACGGGAGAGAAUGUUGUGAAUUCCAUAGGGUGUAUAUACCAUGCAAAGGGACUAUAGUUAUUACUUUAUCAUAUGUUGCAGUUGCUCACUAUAGCAUUCAGUAUAUGGAACAUUGCAAAGCAGCCAUAGGCUAUUGUGGCCAAUGGACCUAACUGAAAAUCCUUCUGAAAAACCAACCACAUUAGUAUUUUGUCACCUUAACACCUAGCCAAUGAGUCCCUCACUACAGAAAUGUUCAACAACUAUAUGAAGCACUGUAUGCAGAAGUUGUACUGACAUUGUGCUCAUGUUCUGAGGGUUAGCGAGGGGCUAAUGAAAAGACGCCUCAUUUGCAAGUGUAACGUGACAUUCUGCCAGCUUUAACACUGACAUAUAAAAACCUAAUACAUAUCUGUGAAAUUUAGCAGAAGGGUUUGUGCCACUGUCUCUGGUAUUCCCUGCAUCGUUUGGAGAUUUUACUAUUGAAGUACAUUAAUGUGAAUUGACUGUACUUUAACUGCCACCCAUUCCAAUAGGACAGCUUUGACGACUUCAGGUUUUCACUGAAAAAUGUGUUCCAUUUACAGGUAGUGGUCAAUAGCCCCCAUUCUGCUAGCAUUGUCGUUUACAAUGUAUACACCGUACUACUGCUUACUUUAGUUGGAAUAGAGUAUACACAAUCUUUAAAUGCAGCCCCCCCACACACAUUUUCUUCAUAGUCGUUAGUAGUCAUUAAUGGGUGUAAAAAUAAUUCAGUCUCAGCUUAGCUCCGCUUGCUUUAAGAACUCAGUUAAUAAGUGCACUGAAUGAGUGAUGAUAAUUGUUUAAUGAAUCCGCUUUAGACACUGCAAUCGUUUGCGACGACGUUUGUUUCCGCUUGCUCCAUAUGAUCAACUCUAGGUCUUUAAUUUUACUGUCUGAUUUGUUUGACUCCUUUUAUUUAAUUGCAGUGUUUUUGAUCGUACUGUUUCAAUAAAAAAGUGAAAACACUCCACAAAUA